AUGGAAAUUGAGGCAUGCAUAAGGGAAAACAUUCCAUGGGCAAAACUAUCGGAAGAUAUUCGAGUUAUGCUCGGAAAUUCUUCCAAGGAAUAUGAGAAACGAGUUUUUGAUUAUUCUAUUAGGAAUCAAUUAAGAUAUAAAGGAAAUUUAGUGCGACAUGUAAAAAAGAGUGAAGAACUUUAUUAUGAGCUGUUGAUGAGGUUUUCGGAAUCUCAUUUAAUGCUUUUUCCUUAUCAUUUAUCGGAUAUUGUGGUUAGUGGCUUGCGAAUAUCACCGUUUAGUUAUUAUAUUAAUAUAUUAUCGGAAAUGCUAAAUCAAGAGAAAUCAUACGAUUCGCUUCCAAAUUUCACUGCUGCUGAUGCAAUGCGAUUACUUGGAAUCGGAAGAAAUCAGUAUAUCGAACUAAUGAAUCAAACACGAUCGAAUAGAAAAUUUUUACGGCGAAAUAAAACGGCAAAAGAAUUACUACCUCAAAAACCGGCAAAAAUAAAUAUUGAACCAUGGUGGAAAGCGUGUGCUGGAGCUGUUCUAGAAAGCGAUAUCAAGAUUCUUUCCGAAGAGGAAAAAGAAGUUAUCGAUAUGCUGCUGGAUAGUGGCCCAACAGAAUCUGGGACUCUUCCUCAUACUGUUGUUACCACUUUAUUUAAUAGAGGAUUGAUUUAUUUUGAUGUUCCUGUUUAUGAAAAUGAUUAUGUAUACGUGGCACCACUAGAUGGAUUUGUGAUGAAUCGGGUUCUCGGUGACUACUUUGAAACGCUUCUUUACAAAAUAUUCGUAGCAAUUGAUGAUCAGACAACUGUGCUCGAAAUGUCGAAUGUUCUUCACAUCGAUCUGCAAUUGGUCAAAAACGCGAUUUCGCUUUUUUGUCGUCUGGGAUUUGCGAGGAAACGAGUUACCGGUGCUGAGAAUCUUACAAUUCAUACGUCAUGGAACAGCUAUUCAAUGAUUUCGUCGCCUACUUCGCCAACGUCACCAACUUCGACACAAAUGACAACAAGCGCCACGGAGGAUAUAAACGAGCUUACAAAAACAUUGCUGAGAAUGGAUGAAGAUGAUUCCGAAGAUGUUCUUUCUCCAGUUGGAGAUGAUCAUAUUCUAAGGGCAUCGUCUCCAAAUCCAUCAUUGAAUACUUCAAUUGAUUCGGCCCCUUCUGUACCUUCGUCAAAUCCUCCAACAUCAGACGUAGGCACCGUGAACCGAGCUGCCUUCAUUUUCGAUUCAACGCUAACCGCCUUCCUGAUGAUGGGAAACUUAUCAGCAUCACUGAAGGGUCAUGCGGUGGCUUUAUUCGAAGUUGGCAAACUGGCUGAUGAGCAAAUGCGUGAUUUCCUCGAACAACUUGAAUGUGUUAAUCAAUUUGCUGAAGGAGAUGCUCAACGAUAUUCGAUGCAUGCAACUGCUCUCUUGGAUUCAUUGAAAAGUUUGCGACAAGAUCGAGAAGCGGAUUUGGUAAGAGGAGAAAGUCUUCUGACGCUCGAUGAUAAAAGCAGAAAACGAGUUUUGGCGAAGAGCUAUGGAAUUCUUGUUGCUAUGGCUCCACUCUCAUUGGAAGCAUGCACAAUUCCUGUCUCCUCGAUUCCAUUCAUUGGUCCUCCAAAUGCCGAGACGUGUUCUCCAUGGUUCCGACUUGCAAUUUACCUGACAUGUAAAAGUGGACCAUACAGUGCUUAUUUUCCACACGGGACUCGUUUAACGACUUUACCCGAAAAAUUGCUUAGCUCUGCUUCUUCAAGCGAAUUUGGACGAUUUCUUGUGUCCAGUACGAAGCACGAGCCACACGUGAUUCCGGUUCAAAAUGCGCUAUUUGCCCUUAACGAUUUACUGACGAAUGGUCCCGUAUUCGUGCAAGCAUAUCCGCCAGAAUCAAGUGAAGUUCAAACGGUUCUUGUCGCAUUUCCCUUUGAAAAAUCAGAACUCGAAAAUCCCCGUUCGUUUUGUAAUCAUCCUGCUGUUCAAACGCUAUCGGAAAAUGUCGGCCUUCAAAGCAUGGCCGGUUAUGUUGUGCUGCUCAAAAAUCGAAAUGUUGCGUUGAAAAAUGAUGAGAAACAAUAUCGAGAAAUCAGCGGUCGAACACGAACAGAUGACGCAUUCCUUCAGAACAGCGGAAAUGCUACGACUUCUCGAUUACAAUCAGAAUUGUCUGAAGGUGCUCAAUUUGAAGAUUACGACCUUCUUGAUUGCGUUUUUGGUGUGCCAUUAUUCGAUUCUUCGCUAAAUAAGGAUAUUUGUCAUCGAAUAAACGCACAAGGGAUUCUCGAUGCGAAAAACCGACUAAAUAUCCAGCUCUCCAACAAACAGAUUGUGACAAUGGUCGAAGAAUUGAUGAGAAAAGCGAAUUUCGGAUUAAUUACGACAUCGCAAUUAUUCGUCGAAAGCGAGCAACGGAAAGUGGAAGUUGUGCCGCCGGUUCGUGCGAUCUUCUACGACUCCGUUCUAAAAGAAAUUCAAUUUGCUCCAAUUUAG